CUGUGGGGGUCAGGAGGACGCUGCCUGAAUGAGAUAAGACAGAGAGAGAGAGAGAGAGAUAGGAGUAACGCAAGGUUCACUGCUGCUGUCCUUACUCAACAGGCGGCAGCUUAAACUAUACCUCCUCUCUCUUUACUCUUUCUGAAGCGCAGUUUAAAGGAAACAGCCAAGAAGCGAGUGUGAUUAGUCUCCGAUCCUUAAAAUUGUGAUUUUCGACGAAAGAUCAGGUCAGCUGCAGCCAUUUGGGCACUGCAAGUUCUUUCGGCUGACUUCUCCUGACGCAGGGUCCGUCUAAAAAAAUAGAUAUAAAUUAAACUCCACAACAUGAGAGGUCCAUCUUGGGUCGCGUGGGCGGUGUUAACCGGAAUCUUCGUCGUUAUGGGCGGGGUCUCACCGGCGCCCAGUCAGCACACCAAUGUUUCCCGGAGAGAAAAACUCCUCUACAUUAUGCUCGACGGGUUCCGGUGGGAUUACGUGGAUAAACAGAAAGACGCCCUUUCGGGUUUCAAGAGGUUCCUGAAGGGGGGCGUCAGGGCCAAGUGGACGGUCCCGCUGUUUCCUUCCCUGUCGUACCCCACCUGGACGACAUUGGUCACAGGUCAGUACGCGGAGACGCACGGAAUCGUUGGAAAUUACUUCUACGACCCCGACACCAAGGAAGUGUUCUCUCUCUUUGACUCCAACAGCACGGGAAAGGAGAAGUGGUGGACCUCUGAGCCAAUCUGGACGACGGCGGAGAAGGCUGGCCUCAAGACUGCCCAGUAUGUGUGGGCACGAUGCGACGUGCCCAUUGACGGAGUGACGACCAGCAGUUGUACUCACUUCACCAAGAUACCCGGCAGGGAUAUUUUCUUCGAGAAUAUCAUGAAUGCCCUGGAUAAGCUUCAGUCCGAUGACUACGAUUUCGUGCAGGUGUACACAGAGCACGCAGAUAACACCGGCCACAUGUACGGUCCAGAUUCGGAAGAAGUCGCGCUAGCGAUCCGAGACCUGGAUGACGUCUUGACUGUUUUGCUGGAGGAGUUGGAAGACAGGGAAUUAGCCGAUAUCACGAACAUCGUCAUUGUGAGUGACCACGGGAUGACCUACACAGCUCCUGGGGCCAUCGAGCGACACGAAAUCGACCAGUACCUGGACACGAACUUGGUCGAAAACAUAGCUGACAAGGGGGCGCUCAUGAACAUCAAAGUGCCCGUGGAGAACGUAGACAAGGUGUACGAACAGCUUUCUGAAAUCCCCAACAUGAAAGUUUACAAGAAGAAUAACAUCCCGGAGGAGCUGCAUUACAAGAAGGGCAAAUAUGUGCACGAGAUCGUUCUUUUGGCCGAGAAAGAAAACUUCCUGAUGUCUUCCAACUCCAAGAAACAGCUCCCUCCGCGUAAUGACUUCGUUUAUUAUGGUGCCCAUGGCUACGCCCCAGAUAUCGUGGACAUGAGAGGAAUAUUCUUCGCUAAAGGACCAGCUUUUCGAAGAAACGCAACGAUCGAACCUAUCCACGUCGUGGACGUGUAUCAGGUCCUGACCACCGUCCUUGGACUGACCCCACAACCUCACAAUGGAACCUGGGAUGCCGUAAAAAUGGCCUUCGAUCCUUCCCACCUUUCCGUCCGCCACUUGAACAUCGAGGACCACACACGAACGUCUAUCAAGAACAACGCUGUGCAACCUGUAGGAGGUGCCCCUGCGUCAGUGACCCCUGCCGUUUUGCUCCUGUUCUCCUUAGCCUCCUUCGUCAGGCUGAUCUAGGGAGGAGAUGGGGAUCAUUCUCUUCACCAGUUAUGUGCCCUUCUAAAUGUACAAAAUUGCAUUCUUUCAUUUUAGUUUUGUAUAAUGACAUUGUACUCUUACAGGGAUAUGAUUUUCGUAUGUUUGUAGAUUUUUAAAAGAAUUAUUGUAAUUCAUAAUGAACUUUUGAUUGUUAUCGUUGUUAUUGUUAUUGCACGGACAAGCUUUACAUUUUAAGCAAAUAAUUCCUGACAGCUAUCUUUUUUAUGUAAGUAUGGAAACCUGUGUAUUGUAUAUAUAUUUAAAAUUAUAAUUAUUCUAACAGUAUCACCACCUUGGGUGAUAAUACAUGCAAAAAUAUUUACAUUACGCUGAUAAUCUUGUAUUUAGAAAAAAUGUAUAUUAGAAUUAUAUAGCUUAGUUAUAGUUAUGACAAGGUCUCACUUGAAAUAUUAGAUAUGUGUGAGAAUGUAUAAUUGUGUAAGAUAAAUUUGAUUUUUAAGAGUUGCUACUCAAAAUUACAGACUUGUAAGGAAAAACUAUACGCUUCCAUAAAUGUCACAAAUAAUGAGAGAUUUGUGAAAUAACUCA